AUGUUUUUUGGUGACUACACCGCGGCAUGGCUGGCUGGCUCGCAAGUCCAACGAUGGCAUGAAGGCCUCACCGCCACCGCCAGCAAAGCUAGCAAGAACAAGAAGCUGGCCGCCGCCCUUGCCGAGGCACAAUUGUUUGUGAAACACGGGCGUGCGCCAAAGGGCUGGUGGACUGAGACGCUGGUGGGCAGGAAUGUCUGCAAGGCAAGCAGCGAGGCGCAGGCCUCUCCUGGCAAGCCUGGAGGUCCAAGCAAGCAGCGGAAGCAGACCGCGCCAUCCGUAUCGUUGCACACGCUUGCGGUGGUCCCUCGGCGUGUGAAGAAGGAAGCCCCCACGCGGGUCGACGCUCCCGUGUUUGACGUCAUCGACGGCCGCCUGGUGACCAAGGCCGGCCUGCCCCUGCUGACUCUCAAGCGGCGGGCGGGGGCGGCCGCGCUCACCGGCAAGGACGCCCUGCCUUCCUACCUGCACCUCCGGUCCAAUGCCUACCACACCCCCGCCCUGAAGCCGCGCCGGCUGCCGCCAGACCAGGUGGACGUCUGCAGCUGCCAGCCCGUGGCCCGGCUUCCGCGCCGUGCCGCCCUGGCGGACGACAUGCCGGCAGCCGCGGUCGCGGCGGCCGUCACGGCCGCCGCGCUGGCGCCGCACUUGGGCUCCCCGCCGCCCAGCCGCCGCGGCGGCUGCGGCCCGGAUUGCCUGAACCGCCUGUCCCUCACCCUGUGCGACCCGGGCACCUGCCCGGCGGGGGAGUCGUGCGGCAAUCGCGCUUUCCACCUGCUCCCCGCGCCGCGCCUGGAGGUCUUCCUCACCGACGGCAAGGGCUGGGGCGUGCGCUGCGCCGACGCCCUGGCGCCCGGCACCUUCUUGGCCGAGUACGCGGGCGAGGCGGACCGCGUCAUCGACGCCGGGCCCAAGGGCAACGUGGCGCGCCUGCUGAACAGCUCCUGCGAUCCCAACUGCGUGGCGCAGAAGUGGCGCGACGCCGCCACGGGCGAGAUGCGUGUGGGGCUGUUCACCGCCCGCCAAGUCCCGGCGGGCGAGGAGCUGGUGUACAACUACAACUUCCAGCAGUUCCAGGGUGGGACGGAGCGAGGGGAGUACGCCUGCCGCUGCGGCGCCCCCAACUGCAAGGGCUCCAUGGACCUGCGGGCUCUGGCACGCGACCCUGGCGCGAGGGAGUCCGGGGCUGCUGGCGAGCGGGGAGGGGCCGAGGGAGAGAUGCAAUCCCCUGCCGGCCGCCGUGCCGGCGCCAAGGAGGCCGCGGCGACCUCCCCGCGGCGGCGCGGAAGCUCUCGACCCUGGCCGCGCGGCGGCCCGCCGUCCGGGCUUGGCGAGCGGCAGUUGGGACUUGGGGCGCGCCCCUCGGGCCCUCCAUCCUGA